AUGGACUCUCUGCUAGCUAGCACUUGGUGUCAGCAAAUGCGUACGAGACGGAGAGGUUUGCACGGUGUAAACAUUGCACAGGGGUGUUGGGUAACUAGUGUUGAUUGCUUCUUGUUGUUUUCUAUCGUACGAAGGAAAGGGGUUGAUAUACCACGUGACUAUCAACCAGGCGCCCGAAUAUCACUAUUCGGACAAGAAUAA